CUGCCAUUCAGCGCGCGAUCCGAUGCGCGGAAUGAAUAAUGUUUUGGGUUUUCGACAUUCCUUGGUUUUACUUCUUCAGAUCUUAGCGGAUUUUAUUGGAUUUAAAUGACAUCAUCAGGAGGAAUUAUCUGGGAGGUUCUUCUUUUGAACAAUCUACCUGUGGCGAUUUAUGACAUUACUGCAUGACAUGAGCAGUCAAACAAGGUUGGCAAUGAAUCAUGGUUCUUUAAAGCUGCAGCCGUUUAUGGUUAAUGGAACAAUCAAUUUAACACAAGAUUUUAGUUUGGUUAAAACAGGCGAUGAGUCUAACUUUUAUUUAUCACCAUUACCUGCACCCCUGGCUAAUGAAACUACAACUAGCAACAAUGCUAUCCCAGGGAUGCAGGAGAUUUUUGACAAGUUGGCAUCACGUCCCCAUCCUUCUCCCAUUUUGGCCGCCACACUUACAAAAUUUGGGAAUCAUGUCGAUCUUUGUCAGGAGUCAGUUUCCAACAAGGAUGUUUUCAAUUCAAGUGCUCCACCUAGUCACAAUGGUUCCGAUUCAUCAAAGAAACUGCAAUUCUAUCUAAAAUCAUCACAGAUUGAAACCUCUUCGUCUUCUUCACUUAUUGAUUUAAGUGAUUUUCCAUCUAGUCCUAUAUCCGGUGCAUUCGCCGACUUUCAGUCACUGAGAUAUAUUCCUUUAAACUUGGACUGUUCAUCUUCUGCAAACAUUUCACUGUCAACAGCUAAUUCAGUACUUGAUCAGUGUGUAGAUGAUAGUGAUUGUUUACCGGUCUACAGUAACUGUCCUCCUAAUCUUGAUGAAGAGGAAACUGAUCUGGUCCCAAGUGAACUUGUUCAAUUUGUUAGUGAAUCUACUCGCCAAAUACCGAGUGAUUUAACAGAUGUUGUUUCUGCAGGAGAUUCGGAUAUUGAAGAUUUAGAUCAUGAAGCCCGUCUAGCCUCUUUGUGUAUACCUAUUCUUCGCUCGCCUUCACUAGGGCAUUCUAAUUUACUGGACAAUGCACAACCACCAACAUUAUCACCAGAAUCUUCAGGUUGUCCACAUUCACCUUUUGAUCACAUAGAUAUUUCAUCAGAUCCCAGUUAUGAGAAGUCAUAUUUUAGCCAAACUCCUGAAGGCACAGUGGAAGAUGUAAAUAAACAACAUGUUCUUUCCCCAAAAAUGAAUAUUAUUACCAAUGGUGCAUUGUCUGAUGAGCUUAUAUCUCGCAAUGAUACCAAUAAUCAUGAUCCAUUACUGUCAACAACACACAUCAACUCUUCAAAUUUCAUUUCUAAUAGCAGUUCCUUUACAUACCAGUCGGAUAAUCGAACUACAGUGGAAAAUUGUUCUAGUUCUGUGAUGCAUUCUCCUACCUCUGGAUUAUCUGAAAAUAAAAUAUUACCACCGAUCACAGUGUGUAGUCCUUACAAAAUUCCUUCAUUAUCAACAACAACCCUACCACCAAGCUCUGUCUGUGUAAGUCAGAUAGGAUCUUUUACUCUACCGUCUAUUCAGAAUCAUUUCAUAUUAAAAGAUGUGGUGAACUGUUCUAAUUUGAACGUCAGCAACGCUCCUAAUUUCCAGUGUAUUGUUACGAAGUCAAUGCCGGAUUCUUCUACAACGACAUCUGAUGGGACAUAUAACAAUAUAGCUAAAACUCCUUCCCUUGUGAAUUUAGUAUGUUCUAAUAAUGAAGGAGGAAAACAAUUAAUAUUUCCAUCGAAAUCUGAUCGAACAGAAAGCCUUGAUUUCAGCGUUGUGCAGAAUUACAAUCGAGAAACAACACAAUACUCUGAACAAAUAAUAAAAACACUCCCUCAAUCAAAUAUUCGUGAUUCAUCUCUCAUUCCAAAUCUUAGGUUUACUACCAUAAUUGGAUCUAACUCUCAAAACACACCAUUAGCAGCUACACCAUCUCGAAGUAUUUCAUCCAUCUCUACAUUUGAUCAAAACCUGUCAUCUAAUAUUGAGCAAGAGUCAAUUUGUGAACCCAAUAAAGGCGUGAAACAGUUAAUUGUUUCAUCUGAAAUAAGAUCCCUGAUCACGACCUCCAGUGACCAUCCUUUUGCAUCUACUGUCUCUACUGUUUCUUGUCCUACAGGCAAUACUAGUUAUAUUGAAGUUGGCACUCCAUAUCGUUCCAAAGAAGGAAGUUGUGUUGCUCAGAACCCGUUGAUAUUAUCGACUCCAACUUUUCAGAUUGCACCGCAUCCUGUUAGCACACAAUCUACAUUUGUUGUCUCGCAUGCAGUUACUCCUGGUGUCGUCUCCCAUGCAGAACUCCAGCCAACUACUCCAAUUGUUUUAUCUCUUAAAAGUAGACCAUCUGUUGAAGUUCCGCAGCCACAGGUUACUAACUUAACUAGCAGUUCUGGUUGUGUCCUAUUACCGUUACAAAUCUUAAACUCCUUGCCCACUGUAAACCCCGGAAUGUCUAUAUUACUAAAUAUUAAGAAUGGAAAUCCUGUCCGACAGAAUCCCACACCUUGUCUUCCAAAUUUUGCAUCAAUGAAUACUUUAUCAGAUAAGAGUUGUCCUAUUACACCGGAAACAAACGGGACAGUUUUUCUUCUCCCAACAUCUAAUAUUGUUACAAAUCUUAAUGGAAAUGUUUCUAAUAUCCCGAUUUUACAACUUCCCUCUCAACAACAGUAUGUUAAUUUUCUCCCUUCUACAUUCACUACUCCACUGUUAUCAAAUUCAAGUAUAUCAUCUCCUUUACAGAAUUCACCUACAUUAGUAAAUAGUUUUAAUACACCUCAAGUGGAUAUUAAACAAUCAAUUCCUGGGCAGUUACCUUCUGGAACACAAUUUUUUAUUCUUCGCUCAGCCUCUAAAUCGAAUAUUAUUAAUCCUGCAUAUUUUACUCCUACUUCAUCAUCAUCACCAUCGUCGUUGUUGUUGUCUUCUUCUUCUUCAGCACCGGCAUCAUCAUCAACAACAACUAUAAAUACAGUAAAUGGAGCAGCAUUCACUCCUUUGUCUGCUUCAUCCACUGGUUUAACUGUAGUCUUAGCUAAUCCUUCUAGUCAUAAAAAUCCUUCAGAAUCAGGGAAUCUAGUUUUUCUUCCAACAGCUUCUACCAGAUCAAAUAUUUUUCCGUUAUGUACAAAUAAUACUUUAACAUCUAACUUUUCAACAACUUCUUCUGGUUUUAUAACAGCAGCAGAAGGAGUACCACUAGCAGCAGCAGCAAAAACAACAACCUUAUCAUGGACUCCUGUAUCGAAUUUCACUAAUCAUGAUAGUAAUAGGCUAGUUAAUAAUAAUAAUAAUAAUUCUACUACUGCAAUUACUUCAUCUAAUACUAAAACAUCGACAUCAUCGACUUUAAAUUAUCAAUCAUCAGUAGAUAAUUUAAAUGAUACAUCCUUUUCUCUACCAUUAACUUUAUUACCUAAUAUUCCACAGCAAACUAUGAUUUUGUCAUCUUCAUCGUGGAAUACACAUUCACCAAAUAAUAAUAACAAUAAUAGUGGUAGUAAUGUAUUCACAACAUCACAAAGUUUCAAUACUCAUGCAUUUCUCUCCCCUGCAACGACAUUAUCAUCCUCGUCGAUGUCUUCCUCUUCGUGUAUGUCAUUUGAUAAUAAUUCUUUACCUUCACCGCCUAUUUCCUAUUCAAAUGUUAGUGUAGAGACGUCAAAAUCGAAUCAAUCAGUAAAUUCUAGUCCAACUGUUAAUCAUUGUUUACUUCCUCCAGUCUCUGCAUUAUCAUCUCCUAUUAAUCCUAAUAAUAAUAACAACAACAACAAUAACAAUAAGGAUUAUGCAAACAGUAAAGUUGGCAUUUCCACUUUAACAUUAUCAAACAAUCAACAAAAUGAGACAAAAACAAAUGUUAUAGUUUUACCUUCUGCGGAUAAACUACUUUCUUCGCGUAAUUAUUCACAAAUCUCUAGUGUAACAGCACAAACUAAUAAUAAUAAUAACAAGCUACAAGAGUCGAAAUGUCGACGUAUAUCUUCUUAUUCUUCGCCUAAUACACCUUCCAUUCCAUCGACUACAGUAACUGUUUCUACUACUACGACAGCAGCAGCAGCAGCAUUAAUGCAAACUGUUGUGACAUCGUCUAAAACUGUAGUCACCUGUUGUUCAAGACGCAGACAUCAAUGUCCGUAUUGUCCAAAAUCUUGUGAAAGAAAAGAUAAUCUUCAAGCUCAUAUUCGUACACAUACUGGAGAACGACCAUAUCCGUGUCGUUAUUGUCCGAAAGCAUUUCCACAGAAAGAUCAUUUACGAGCUCAUAUUCGUACGCAUACAGGUGAAAAACCCUAUAGAUGUCCACAGUGUUUAAAAGCAUUUGCUCAACUGGGUAAUCUUCAUCGUCAUGUUAAAACUCAUCGUCGAUAAGAAAAAACAUUUUCUAUUCAGUUGAGAAAUGGAUUCAUUCUCAAUGUGAUGUUCAUUACUUUGUGUUUUCUAUUCAAAUCAAUCAAUCAAUCAACAAUCAAAGCGAAAUGGCGUCAAAUCAGUUUAUAUAUAUAUAUAUAAUAUUAUAUAGUAUUAACAGCCCC